UCAUUAUGAUGAUUAUUAUUUGGUGCAAUCACCUGAUUAUUCAUUUAGUACUUGAUACUUAGUUGAUAUUUGCAAACAUGUGUCCUAUUCACAGUGAACUUAUUGAGGAAAUUUCCAAGCUUUCCAAAAUGAAAGAGCUGGAUUUGGAUAACUUUAUAAAGAUGGUUAAACCUAUGAACUGGAUAGAUGGUGGUCAUUACGACUAUAUAAAAAAAAUGAGAGAGCAUGUGUCUCAACUAUCGACAGAAAAACAAAUUGAGUUGUGUUUAAAAGUACUAGAACAUGUUGAUUUAACUAGUUUGAAAGGAACAGAAAGUCAUGAAGAAAUAACAGAACUUUGUGAAAAGGCUGCAAAAACUUAUCAAAAAGGAAUGAAAACUUGGAACACUGCUGCAGUUUGCGUAACUCCAAAUAAAGCUCAAGAUGCAAUAAAAGCUUUAGAUAGGUUGAAUAUGAGAGAUUCAGUAAAAGUUGCUAGUGUUGCAGGAGAUUUUCCUGCAGCAUUGCUACCAUUAGAAGAUAGACUAGCUGAAAUUAGACUAGUUGUUGAAUAUGGGGUAGAUGAAGUUGACAUUGUUAUAAAUCGAAAGCUGGCUAUAGACCACAAAUGGACAGAGUUGUAUGAUGAAUUGAAGCAAGUCAGACAAGCAUGUGGAAAUAAAAAAAUGAAAACUAUCCUUGCCGUUGGAGAUUUGCCUGGUUAUUUUGAAAUUUAUUUUGCAUCAAUAAUAGCCAUGUUAGCUGGGACUGAUUUCAUAAAAACAUCUACUGGCAAAGAAGCUAUUAAUGCAGAAUUAAAAUUUGGACUUAUAAUGUGUCACGCUAUUAUUCAUUAUCAUACUGCAACUGGUAGAAAGGUUGGCUUAAAACCUGCUGGAGGAAUUUCCUCUCCGUUAGAAGCUGCCACUUGGUUGGAAAUGACACGAUUUAAACUAGGAACAGAUUGGAUGAAAACGGAAAUGUUUAGGAUUGGUGCUUCAAAAUUAGUGGAUAAAAUUCUUGAAUUUGUAGGCACUGAUUUUAAAUCAACUAAGGAUUAUUGAAAAAUAUUUUUUAAUUUUACUCCCAAACACAGUUCAAUUGGAAAAUUGGACAAAAAGAAAUGAAAAAUUUUUCAUGUAAAAAU